AUGGGUGGGGGGGCAGGCGCACGUCGAGGGCCGUGGGUUGGGAGCUGCGGGCUGCGGGUCGGGAUCCAGGCUGCCGGACCGUGUCGAGCUAUCUAAAGGCCGAGGUGAGCUCAGGAGGUGCUAGGGGCGUCGAGGGGGCCAUCCUGGCCUUCGGCUGGCCCCAGAACCGCAAACUUCGCACUCCAGUGGGUUUGUAGCAGGAACACAACUGUGCAGCGCCCGGGCUCCCACCUGAGCUUUGGGACCCCCCCACGCGAGACACGGAGUUCGGGCUGGCGGAAGAGCAGUGGACCCAGUGUGUCUGGGCCUGAGCUAUAGGGCCUGCGAGGAUGCUGGCUGUCCCAGAGAUGGGCCUGCAGGGGCUCUACAUAGGCUCCAGCCCGGAGCGCUCCCCAGUGCCCAGCCCACCCGGCUCCCCGAGGACCCAGGAAAGCUGUGGCAUUGCCCCCCUCACACCUUCACAGUCACCAAAGCCAGAGGCUCGAGUUCCCCAGCAGGCCUCCUUCUCUGUGGUGGUCGCCAUUGACUUCGGCACCACGUCCAGCGGCUAUGCCUUCAGCUUUGCCAGUGACCCGGAGUCCAUCCACAUGAUGAGAAAAUGGGAAGGUGGGGAUCCUGGCGUGGCCCACCAGAAGACCCCUACCUGUCUACUGCUGACUCCUGAGGGCACCUUUCACAGUUUUGGAUAUACUGCUCGAGAUUACUACCACGACCUGGAUCCGGAGGAGGCCCGGGACUGGCUCUACUUCGAGAAGUUCAAGAUGAAGAUCCAUAGUGCCACCGAUCUCACCUUGAAGACCCAGCUAGAGGCAGUAAAUGGAAAGAAGAUGCCAGCCCUGCAGGUGUUCGCACAUGCCCUACACUUCUUCAAAGAGCACGCCCUGCAGGAACUGAGGGAGCAGUGCCCAUCACUGCCUGAGAAGGAUACUGUGCGCUGGGUGUUGACAGUGCCCGCCAUCUGGAAACAGCCGGCCAAGCAGUUCAUGCGGGAAGCCGCCUACCUGGCUGGCCUGGUAUCUCGAGAGAAUGCAGAACAGCUACUCAUUGCACUGGAGCCCGAGGCUGCCUCUGUCUACUGCCGGAAGCUACGGCUGCACCAGCUCAUGGACCUGAGUAGCAGAGCCCCUGGUGGUGGGCGACUGGGCGAGCGCCGGUCCAUCGACUCCAGCUUCCGGCAGGCCCGUGAGCAACUGCGAAGGUCCCGCCACAGCCGCACAUUCCUGGUGGAGUCAGGCGUGGGAGAGCUGUGGGCAGAGAUGCAGGCAGGAGACCGUUACAUGGUGGCAGACUGUGGGGGAGGCACUGUGGACCUGACAGUGCACCAGCUGGAGCAGCCCCACGGCACCCUGAAGGAGCUCUACAAGGCAUCAGGAGGACCCUAUGGCGCGGUGGGCGUGGACUUGGCCUUUGAGCAGUUACUCUGUCGCAUCUUCGGAGAAGACUUCAUCGCCACCUUCAAAAGGCAACGGCCGGCAGCCUGGGUGGAUCUGACCAUCGCCUUCGAGGCCCGCAAACGCACAGCGGGCCCGCAUCGGGCGGGAGCGCUCAACAUCUCACUGCCUUUCUCUUUCAUUGACUUCUACCGCAAGCAGCGAGGCCACAACGUGGAGACAGCUCUGCGCAGAAGCAGUGUGAACUUCGUGAAGUGGUCCUCCCAGGGGAUGCUUCGGAUGUCCUGUGAGGCCAUGAACGAGCUUUUUCAUCCCACAGUAAGUGGGAUCAUCCAGCACAUAGAGACGCUGCUGGAACGGCCAGAGGUGCAGGGCGUGAAGCUGCUCUUUCUGGUGGGCGGCUUCGCUGAGUCAGCAGUGCUGCAGCAUGCGGUGCAGGUGGCGCUGGGCGCCCGCGGCCUGCGCGUUGUGGUCCCGCACGACGUCAGCCUUACCAUUCUCAAGGGCGCAGUGCUCUUUGGCCAGGCCCCGGGCGUAGUGCGGGUGCGCCGUUCUCCACUCACUUAUGGUGUGGGCGUGCUCAACCGCUUUGUGGCCGGGCGCCACCCACCGGACAAACUGCUUGUGCGCGACGGCCGUCGCUGGUGCACCGACGUCUUCGAGCGUUUCGUAGCCGCAGAGCAGUCAGUGGCCCUGGGCGAAGAGGUGUGCCGCAGUUACUGCCCGGCGCGCCCAGGCCAGCGGCGCGUGCUCAUCAAUCUGUACUGCUGUGCCGCCGAGGACGCGCGCUUCAUCACCGACCCGGGCGUGCGCAAGUGUGGGGCGCUCAGCCUGGAGCUCGAGCCUGCCGAGGGCGGCUUGGACAGUGCUGGCACACCCCCCGGCCGCCUCGAGAUCCGCGCCGCCAUGCAGUUUGGUGACACUGAGAUUAAGGUCACUGCUGUCGAUGUCAGCACCAAUCGCUCUGUGCGCGCCGCCAUUGACUUUCUUUCCAACUGAGGGCGCAGCGGAGCAACCUCUUCGCCCGGCCCCACCCUCUUUCAAGGGGCUGCGGGCCUAGGAAGCCCGAUAGGGAUGAAGGACGCACUAGUUCAAAUGUCAGUGCUCUUUUUGAGUCCUCCAGCUGGAGCGAGAUGAGGUCAAGGAAGGGAGGGAGGGUGGGUGGGAGAAGACAUGGAGACUCGCUCUGGGAUUGGGCUUUGGUCCACUGACUGGAAGGACCCCUGCCAAGCACCAACGGGAAAGGGAGAAUUCUUCGAAGAGGUGUGCAAGAGGUGCGCUCAACCUGGCGGAAGUGCCUCACACUGAAGGCAGAAGGCAGAAGAGAAGCCUGAAAUGUGGGUUGCAGAAUGAGGCCAAGCAAGGCAGGCUGGAGUGGGGAGGUCGUGCAGGGCAUGGACCUGAAGGACCUGAGCUGGGGUUGAUGGGCUUCUGUCAUAGGGAAGCCAGGCAGUGCCACUGCACGUCGCAGGGAAAUGACAAGUGGAAACUAGAGGAACAAGGGUAGCAGCACCUUCCUGAUGUGGUGCUGGCCACACAAGGAUGACCAUUAACUGCAGAAAAAGACUCAGGAGGAGGGUGUGUUUUGGUGAAGGCAGUUUUGAGGGAUUUGGGCAUAGCAUGCUGGAGGCCCUAAGGGCCACCUAUGAAUGGCCCUCUUGCACCUUACCCCAGCCAUUCAAGGCCUGUUGGGGGAACAGGCGGCAGGGCAGAGGAAAGACUUGGGGAUGGUCCCAGCGGUGCUACUGACUCCGUAUGCUGACACCUGUGGGCCUCAGUUUCCCCACAUGUGAAAUGUCAGGAACUUACCUCCAAAGUGUCAUCCCCACCUGCCUGAGAACCCAUCCUAAGGUGACAAUAAAGUAUUUAUGCUCAAGGGGAA